AUGGCAUCAUUGAGUACUCCUUCGACAGCACCAAGUAAACCAUUCAAAAGCGAUGAUGGAUUGUUAGAAACACGAAAACUCGAUACUAUUUGUUUAUUUGAUGUCGAUGGAACGAUUACUAUGCCAAGACAAGCUAUAACGUCUGCAAUGGAUGCAGAUCUUCAAGAACUUCGAAAAAAAUGUCUCGUUGGUCUUGUUGGUGGAUCGGAUAUAGUUAAGAUUGCUGAACAAAUUGGUGGUAUUGAAGCUAUAGCUAAAUAUGAUUAUGUCUUUGCUGAAAAUGGUCUCGUAGCUUUUAAAAAUGGAAAACAAUUUUUUGAAGAUAAUAUUCAAAAAUAUAUUGGUGAAGAUAAUUUACAAACAUUUAUUAAUUAUUGUUUAAAAUAUUUAUCUGAUAUAAAAUUACCAUUUAAACGUGGAACAUUUAUUGAAUUUCGUAAUGGUCUUAUUAAUGUUUCGCCAGUGGGUCGAAAUUGUACAAAGGAAGAACGAGAUCUAUUUGAAAAAUAUGAUUUAGAACAUAAUAUUCGUCGUACAAUGGUCAGCGAUCUUCGAGAAAAAUUUUCUUGCAUGAAACUUUACUUUUCCAUUGGUGGUCAGAUUAGUUUCGAUGUUUUUCCAGAAGGAUGGGAUAAACGAUAUGCAUUGAAACAUUUAGAAAAUGAUCGAAUUUCCAAUAUUUAUUUUUUUGGUGAUAAAACAUUUAAGGGUGGCAAUGAUUAUGAGAUUUAUAGUGAUCCACGAACAAAAGGUUAUUCGGUAACAAGUCCAGUGGAAACACGUACUGUUCUAUCUGAAUUAUUCGGAUUGUGA